AUGCCAAAAGAAGUCGACCAUCUUCUGAGCGUGAAAAUAGAACCGAGUGACUCACUCAAAGCAUACAAUGCCAAGUAUUGGGAAACCUUCAAUGAAAUCCCUGAUUGCCCAAUCAACUUGGCAAUCACCCAAUACAAGUGUUAUCUCCCGGUUGGACAUAGACUGAGAGACUCGCUCACUAUAAACCAACCAACAACCAUGGAGCUACUAAUGCAACGAAUCAACGAGCACAUUCGGGUAGAGGAUGAUACUGCCGCGGCCACCGCAAAGACAAAUUCGGUGACAGCGGAUAAAAGAAUGGCUGGAAAGGAUCACGUUGUCGGACAGGAGGCAAACUGUCUAAGUAACUGUGAAAGAGAGUCAGACCACGAUGCAGACUGGAACAAUCGGGGUAAGGGUCGUCACAAUGACCAAGCUGAUCACCCUCGGGACGCCGUGGAAGAUGUGAAGAGAAAGUUGAAUGCCCGAACCCGCAUCACCACGGUUUUCAAAAUCUCAAUCUACCGUACGUUCGAUUUCUGGCUAAGUUGGGACUGUUUGCCUCUGAAACAACAUUUGGAGGAGUUAGUGGCUGCUGGCCACUUGGACUAUUACAUUGACGGAGUCGUCAAGGCCGCACCCCAUGCUCCAGCUGAACCAAACGGUCUGGACGCCCUAAAAGCAGCCCCUCAAGGUGUGAUCAAUGUGAUCCAUGGUAUCAUCAAGCCAAUGCGUGUAUACGAGCUCCGAGAGAUGAUCAAAAAAGCAGAGUAUAUGAGGGAAGUCUUGUUAAUCCAGCCCACUGUCAAAAAGAGCAAAACUGAGGUGAGAGAUGUGCUCAACUUUUCAAGCCAAGCUCUUGAAAGAAUUCAAACGCUGCACAAUGACGGGCUGAUGAUCACCCUUCGUAUUAGGAACUUUGACAUAAGGUGCAUUCUGAUCGACCAAGGUAGCUCAAUCGAAAUAAUGUACUAUGACGCCUUCAAGCAACUCAAGUUAAGUGAUAAAGACUUGGCCCCAGCAACCUCGCCAUUGGUCGGCUUCAACUCGCAACCGGAGUGGCCCAUGGAAAAGAUCAUUUUACUGGUCAAAGCUGGGUCCGUGGUCAAGCAGGUGGAGUUCUGGAUGUUGAAGGUGCCUUCCACAUAUAAUCUGAUCUGGGCAGAGAAUGGCUUUACACCAUGCAAGCGAUGA